CACAACUUUCGAAGGCAUAUUUGUAAUGAACAGAAAAGAAACACUACAACUUAAAUCUACUUUGUACGUCGAAGAGGAAAAGGACGGAAAUUAUUUAAAAUCAAAAAGCUUCCAUAUCCGAGACACACUGAAUGCAUCAUAAGCCUCCGUGAACGUGUGGAGAAUCCAAAGACCCGGACUGGAGUUUUCUGGCUGUAUUUGGUCCGGCUCGGACAACUCUGGCAAAUAAUCGAUUAGGAACGUCACUGAGGUAUCAGCCGCACUUUCUUUCAUAUGUUGGCAAAUAUUAUUAUUGUUAUAUUAUUAUCUUUGAAAUAAUGAGUGAGGUCGGGCUUAUUAACUCAAGUACUUUCUCUGUUUUCUCACUUCAAUAUUUCUUACUAUUUGGUUAACAAAACUGUUAGCUAGCUAACUUGAAUGUUACUGCUACAUCUAGUUAGCCCGGUGAAUGGGCCGAUUGGCUAUUUAGACUUGAUUAUUGUAUUGUAAAAAAUAUUAACAAUAUAGGAGAACUCUGUCUUCUGUAAUCACCAGAACUGAAGAUGUCUUUAUAUGGCGGGAAAUCCGUGGAUCACAAUCACAAGGCUAAGGAUGCGUUUGUGAGAGUGCGGAAGAGGGAUUUAGAGAAAUUAACGACAGAAGUCAUGCAGCUGAGGGAGUUCCUGCCCCGAGUUCUGAACGGUGAUCUGACUGAAAUGCUUCACAAAGCCCGGAGAGCAGAGACAAAGAAGGAACACCUGGAGCAGGAACAGAAUCAGCUGAGACAGGACUGCUCACAUCUUCAGUCCCGGCUGGAGGCAGCGCACUCUGAAUGUCAGAAAGAAAGAGAGGAGAAGUUACUGUUGCGUGAGCAGCUGUGGCAGAGCGGAGCGGAGCUGCAGCAGCAGGCCGACUUCUGCUCCACCCUGGGAUCCGCAGCCUGCAGCCUCCUGUGGAGCGGCUCGUCCAGGGAGGAGACGGUGGCUAUCUGGCUGGCUGAUGGAAAGCUCCCCUCCUUCCUGAUUGUUGCUGCUCAGACUCUGGAGAGUUUCGUCAAGUCCAUGGACGACGAGAUAAAAACUCAACCCGGGGACCACAACUCUCAAGAGCACCAGUUUGUGUUGGCUCUGGUUGGGACAAUCACAAAUAUAGCAGCAGCAACAUCUGGGCGGGACUUCCUGUCCAGCUCAGGACAUGUCCUGCUGGACACGCUAAUGAAGCUGCUGCAGCUGAUGAGGCCUGCCGUCUUCCCCAAACUGAAAGUGUUGAUGCUGAUGGCUUUGUAUAAUGUGAGCAUCAGCAUUAAAGGACUGAAGUUCAUCAUUGAGAAUAAAGAUCUCAUUCCACUCAUCUGGACGCUGUUGGACGAUGAGCACUGGGAGGUGUGUCUCCACUGCCUGCGCCUCCUCCAGUCCAUGCUGCUGGAGGAGGAUGUUGUGCUGCUUCUCGGCUCCUCGUUGCUGGAUCCGGAGCUCCAGGCUCGGGUUGGCCGGCUCACCUCCAGCCUGCAGCCCAGCCUGAAGGCCACAGCUCAGCAAACCCUGGAGGACCUGCAGGCCCUCCGAGGUCUGGUUAGAUAAACCCAGAAGUGUGAACGCUGGAUUCUGCAUCUUCAGUUUGCUUGGCGUCACCCAUUGCUGUCUUUCAGUUAGAUUUGAGCUGACCUGACGGGGUCUGAAUUGAUUGAUUUUAUACUUCUAUUGCUACACUGUUAAACUGUUCUUCAUUAAUAUUCAUGGCAUGUUUAAUUGGUUUAUUAACCAUAAAGAUGAUGGUUACACUCCUCAGAGAAUUGUGUUUCUGUUGGUGUUCUGCUGUUCAGCCACCUGCAAGGAGAUACAGAUCCCAGUACUCAUCCAUCCAUUGUACUCCUACAUAUUCUUGCACCAAUACAACAUAGAAAAAUAUAAGUUAUAAUGUUAAUUUUAACUGGUGUUUAGGCAUCAGAAAUGAUGAGAAAGUUUUCAUCCUGGAUUUAUUUUGAAUGGUUGUUCUUUGGAUUUUUGAAUAUUUGAGAUGUUAAAACUGGUCACCGAUGACGUUAAAAGGAACUGUACACAGAUGUUUAAAAAAAAUAACUUCUUGCAUGCAGAGCGACUAACUAAAUUUGUUAGUCGUAAAUCUAGAAUUGCCACCUUUUUCUGACACCUGCUGUCAUUUAUGAACUACAAACACCAUAUCGUUAAAGUAUCUUUUGUCAUCUUUAGCAGAACACUUAAAGCCAGGACUUAAAUGCAUUUUCGCCAACUCCAUAUGUCGGCUCCAGCCCACUGAUGUUGAAGUAGUUACAGUUGGGCAGGUAGUCACAACCUGGUAUGGAUCAGGGUUUGCCAGCUUUACAGCCGUCCAUCUGACUAACUAAUAAUGUAAAAGAUUAGAAAACAAUCAAUAUUUACACCACAUGGUGGUAGGAGCGUCCACAACAUGUAGAACCAUCAUGUUAAAGUGAAACUCAACUACUGUAGGUCUUGAGAUAUGUUUCGCUAAACAUCGUAUCCAAGCAGUCUUUUGAGGUGGUCACUAUGGACUACAUCGAUACUGCAAUGACAGAAACUGUUGCAACCUUGUAAAGACUGGACCAAAAUUCCUCUGCAAUGAUUGAAAGGACUUGUCAAGUCUAAUAGAAAGUGUUUCCUAAUAAAGAAGGUGGUUCUAGAA